AUGCAAACACAAGUAUAUGAGGGGUUAUGUGUAAAUUAUUUUUCUCCUGCUGAACCACAAAGACAUAGAAUCAAAGUGCUUCUCUUGAACAUACUGGCUUUUCUUUCUUUUUUUCUUCUAUCUCUUCUAUUUCUUGUGGAUAUUAUGGCUAAUAACACAACAAGUUUAGGGAGUCCAUGGCCAGAAAACUUUUGGGAGGAUAUUAUAACGUCCUUCACAGUGUCCAUUGCAAUUGUGCUUGUAAUUGGAGGAUUUAUUUGGGCUCUGUGUGUCUGUUUGUCUCGAAGAAGAGCCAGUGCUCCCAUCUCGCAGUGGAGUUCAAGCCGGCGGCCUAGGUCUUAUAACCAUGGCCUCAACAGGACUGGGUUUUACCGCCACAGUGGCUGUGAACGGCGGAGCAACCUCAGCCUGGCCAGCCUCACUUUCCAGCGACAAGCUUCCCUAGAGCAAGCAAAUUCCUUUCCAAGAAAAUCAAGCUUCAGGGCUUCAACUUUCCACCCCUUUCUGCAAAGUCCGCCACUUCCGGUGGAAACUGACAGUCAGCUGGUGACUCUCCCUUCCUCCAGUGCAGUUCACACCAUCAGCACUUCGCACAGUCUGAGCCGCCCAGAUUUCCACUGGUCCAACAACAGUCUUCGAAUGGGCUUUUCCACACCGCCCCCACCUGCCUAUGACUCAAUUAUAAAAGCGUUCCCAGAUUCCUGAGGACGGUGCUUCUGUUUUUAAUUUGUUUCUUCCUUUUCUUGGCUUUUCUUGAAAGAAGAUGACAAACCAGCUAAACGGAAUUUUGAGGGCAUGACCCAAACAGCUAAUGGGUUCCCGAGCUGAAUUCUGUUCAUGCGCUAUAAUUCAAUGCAGAAAAUGUAAAACACAUUUUCUAUGAAUACCCUUUUUCCUUGUGUCUCACAAAAUAGUAAUAUUUUCCAAAAAGUUAUAUAUUUAUGUUUUUUGUACUCAAUCUGAAGGUUUUUAAGACAAUGAUUCUUAUCUAAGACUCAGCUGUGAUCCAGUAUAUAAAUAUUUUAGACUAAAAUUAAAGCUUUUGAUACUUGUGAUUUACAGUC